GCUGUCUGUAUAUAAGAUAUGUAUGAUGCAAUUUGUUGUUGUUAUUCUUGUACUACAUGCUUUCACAUGGGGGUCUCAGAGAAAUCAAAAAUAAUUUGAGGGAGAAAAGUUUUUCUGGAUGGGGCUUGUCUGGAGACAUCGACCUUUUCAGGGUCUCGAAUGCCCGUGUCUGAGAGACCUUCAAUGAGCAUGAAGGAGGUGUUUGCUUAAUCUCCAGCUGAGGUGAAGACACCCUUUUCACUUAAACUUUUGCAAGGCUUCAGCUAUUGGUAUGACAUGAGCAUUCGAACAGGAGGAAGGAAAGACUAAUCUUCUACUGGCAACUGAAUAUGACAUCGAUGGAGAGGAAGAGCUCUACCAAGAAUCUUGCCGAGACAAUUCAUUCCCUACUUGGGUUGAAGUCGCAUUUGACUUCUACUUGGAUCAAAUCUGUAUGUGGCAUCAUGAGAACCCUGCCAUCCCCUCGUUCGUCUGACAGGAUCAGACUGAAAAUAUCUGACACAGAAAAGGAGAAUAACACCAAUGACACGGACUUGAGCAUGGUCAUUCUGAAAAUCAAUGAUGAACUUGCUGAACUGAAUGAUUGCAUCAAACGGUUGAAUGUUCAAAGAAGGCAGGUUCUCAAUGAGUACCUGGACAUGAAAGGAAACAUUCGUGUAUUUUGCCGUGUCAGACCGAUGACCAUGACUGAGAAUAUUGGGUGUGCCAAGCCAGUCGUGGCCACAGAUUCAAGCAAUGUUUUCCUAAAAGUUGCAUGUGGCAAUAACAAAAGCUAUAGUUUUGAUAAGGUUUUCCACCCGAGUUCAUCACAAGGUGAAGUUUUUAGCGAAGUUGAGCCUGUGAUCAAAUCUGCUUUGGAUGGGUACAAUGCCUGCAUCUUUGCAUAUGGUCAGACAGGCACAGGGAAAACUUUCACGAUGGAAGGUACUCCGGAUUUUCCAGGAAUAGUUCCUCGUAGUAUUGAAGCAUUGUUUAAGCAUGCUUUGGAGGGCAACUGUACAUACCUCUUCGCUUUCAGUAUGCUUGAGAUUUAUCUGGGUAAUCUCAAAGAUUUGCUUGUCCCACAGCCUAAAAAACCAACAGAUGCGAGGCCACCAUGCCUUUCAGUCCAAAUGGAUGCCAGCGGUGGAAUUGAGGUUGAAAACCUUGUGGCAAUACCAGUGAGCGACUAUAACCAAGCCCUAAGGUUGUAUAAACUGGGUUGCCGAUUCAGGUCAACUGCUUAUACAAAUUCUAACUUAACUUCAAGCAGAUCACACUGUAUGAUUCGCAUAAAAAUUACAUGCUCCAAUGCACAUGAGAGGCGACGUGAAUCAAAUAAAGUUUGGUUGGUUGAUCUUGGAGGUAGUGAGCGUGUUCUGAAAACAAAGGCAUGGGGCAAGAGACUUCAAGAGGGAAAAGCAAUAAACUUGUCACUUUCUGCUCUUGGAGAUGUCAUCAAUGCCCUCCAGAGGAAAAAGCGUCACAUUCCUUUCAGGAAUAGCAAGCUGACGCAAGUUCUAAAAGAUUCAUUAGGGGAGGAUUCCAAGACGCUGAUGCUGGUGCAUGUGAGCCCAAAAGAGGAAGACCUCUGUGAGACAAUAUGUACACUAGGUUUCGGAAAAAGAGUGAGAAGCAUCCACCUGGGAACCGAAGACCCAAUAGAAAGCACACGUAAGGAAGCUGCAAUGCAAACCCUGCAGGAAACUAUGGUAAAGAUUGAAGAUGAGCGUCAAAGAGCAAGCAGAGAGAUUAAAGAGUUAAAAAGAAAGCUAGAAAAUCUAAUAGGGACAUCGCUUUCCUAUGCAAAUGAUCACUCGAUUACUGAAGAGCCUGAGUUUGAUUUUGGCAACACCAAGCACAAAGCCAAAGAUGUGAGAGCAGCUCCUCUAUUUAAACUACCACGAUUUAUGAGGCCCACAAUAAGCAGUGAAAGAAAAUCAGGGACCGAGCACCAAAUUUCUGAGCGAAAGCACCUUGGCCACACAAAAAGGAGAAGAGCUCCAUCUCAACGUGCGGGGUCCGUGAAUUUCCCCAUGAAGAGUCACCCAGAUUACAAGUCUGAUUGCAGUAUUUCCAGAGCCAGUUGCCUGGUCGACUUGGAUACCAUGUGCAAUGCAGAUACUGAGACAGUAUACAGUCAGGACACGACUGAAUACGAUGUCAAAAUGAUAGUACUCUCAGAAGAGAGAAGAUUCCCAAUGAUGACUGAUGGAAAGGCACAGUUAGAUCACAAAAUGGUUCUUCCUAGUCUUGAUAGCAAAUUCAAUUCCGCAGAAAUCCUAGAGGUUGUUGAUGGGCUAAAUUUGCAGAAUGCAACAAGUGCUGGUGGUGGUUAUAAGAGUAAACGGGUUCCAGCUGUUCCUCUUCCCCCAAAGUUCAGGCGCAAUGGACAGAGUAAUGCAGGUGUAUUGUGUCCUGAAAGAUCAGAUGCAGAGAAUUCUCCAUUGAAAGGCCUCACUGAUAUUUGUAAAAACGAGCAAGAAAGUCAGAAAAACUACUCUUCAAGCUCGACAUCUGAAGCAGAAAUUGAUAAACUCCUUACCCACUCAACUGGUUUUACGGAUUCACACUCUGAAUCUUGUAGCAGAACUCCAUCCUCAACAAAUCAAUCUAUGGUAUGUACACAACAUAGCAUUGAUGCCUUGAUGAUACUGGACGAUGACAGUAUCGAGCAUCAACGUCCACAUGAUGCUGUGUGUGUUAGACUAGACCAGAACAGUAAUAAUGGAAGUGUUGAUCAAUUGCUCCCCAUGGAUGGUCUAAAGAGUGAAACGCAGAGUUUUGAGGCUUCCCAACAUCGUGAACAUAGGGAACACUGUUUUUCUCCGUUUGGAUCACGUCAAGAUUCCAUUGGUCAAGAAAAAGAACUUGGGGUCAGCACAUCACACUGCAACUUGGAACCUGACACAUAUGAUGCGUCAUUCGGAUGGACUAGAGGAGAUACCGAGAGGGCUGGCUUGUUUGGAAAGUCAGCAGCAGGAAGACAACGUGACAUGCUCAGAAUGAAACAUCAACGCGCUCUAUUCAAAGACAGUGCCAAUCAUAAUGAUGUGGACAUGGGCUUAAAAUUGGUCGCAGCAGAGGGACAUACAGAAAAUACAGGUAUGAUAGUUUGCCUAGAUAUUUUUACAUCUCGCGCUCGUAAUCCCUUCUCUCUAACUUUUUACAGGCAUGUUGCAUCUCCUCCAAGAGAAGUUUUGGAAUCUAUAUUUUACUGCUCUCCUGGGACUGGGACUCCAAGGCCUUGGAUUUGAGCAUGAAUUUUUCGACGGUUUGACUCUAUAAAAGAAGCAUCACAUGAAAUGCGCAAGUAACAACUACUAAAUGAUUGAUUGUAGAAGGCAGGAGGAACUGAGGUUACUCAUCCAUGUUUUAUGCAGUCUGGAACUUGAAAACAGGAGAAGUAGCCAUAACCAUUGGUUAUUUCCACAGGAGGGAGGAACCUGAGUGUGCAUGUGAAUGAUCCUACCGAUAUGCCAUGCUCUGUCAUGGCUGUGAGAAGACUGAUCCAAUGAGCUUCUGUCCCGCUAUUCGUCGCCACGCGUGAAGUCAUGCAGCACAGGGGAUUUCCUUUUUCUUCUCCCCCUUGUCCUGAGUCAGUUUGAACAGCUCUUGUGAGUCUUGCUGAUGGUUGGGUCCUGUCCAUCAGAAGAAAUUAGAGAACCGAAGGUUUUGGAUGCAUACUGAACACAAUUGAGAGGAUUUCGAUUUUGAUCAUGUAAAUAUGAAAACGCAUCACUAUCUUAAAAUGCAAGCACAAUCAAGAUUCCUCUACCUUGUA